UGGUCUCUCUCUCUUUUUUUUUUUUUUUUGCUUUCCUGUUGUUGGUAUCUAUGUUUAUCUUUUCAAGUAAUCACUGCAUAUAUGCACAUUUUCAUCCGUUUCAAUUCAGUAAAACUUGGGAGGAAAAUGUGCCAAAACGUUUAGAGUGGUUGUCGUCGACUGAAUGGGGUUAUGAGUGAUUAAUGUUCUUCUUUCAGUUUUUCUGGGUUUUCCAAGCGUUCCUCAAUGAACCUGUGUCUCAUUUCUGACAGGAUAAAACGAACUAAACUUUUGAAGGAGAUGGAUCCAUGCGUUGGCGCUCACUCUCUGCUUGGUCUCUUCAGCCGCGUCCGGAACCCAGAGGGCCGAGGGGACUGUUGAGGGCAGAAAGCGCGCGAGCAAGAGGGAGCCCGCGGCGGGGAGACCCCGGCUGUCCGCGGGGGCCUCUCUGGAGAGCGGCUCUGCGUCAUGCGGGCGCCGCCCUUCAGGGCCCGAGGACGGGCGUGUUCCGAGGUCUUGGCAGCCGUCGGGGCGGCAGGAUUUCCGCGGUUAUGUAACGGCCCCUCGCGGGCGCUGAGGCCUGCGCUGCGCAUCCCCCUCUGCCCUGUCGUCCCCGCGCUCCGGCGGCCGCGCCAUGGCGGGCAGCGGCGGGGCCCGCGGCGCGCUCUCGGCGCACACGCUCCUGUUCGACCUGCCGCCCACGCUGCUGGGCGAGCUGUGCGCCGUCCUGGACAGCUGCGACGGCGCGCUGGGCUGGCGCGGCCUGGCGGAGCGGCUUUCAAGCAGCUGGCUGGAUGUUCGUCAUAUUGAAAAAUAUGUAGAUCAAGGUAAAAGUGGAACAAGAGAAUUACUUUGGUCCUGGGCACAGAAAAACAAGACCGUCGGUGACCUUCUACAGAUCCUCCAGGAGAUGGGGCAUCAUCGAGCUAUCUAUUUAAUUACAAACCAUGGAGCCAUCUUGAAUCCUUCAUGGCAAAGUCAUCAGAAGGACGGACCAAACAUGUCAUCCAAGGAAACAGCCAAUGUCAUAGUGGAUAAUGUUCUUAUUCCUGAACAUGAUGAAAAAGGAAUAUUGCUUAAAUCUUCCAUCAGCUUUCAAAACAUCAUAGAAGGAACCAGAAAUUUCCACAAAGACUUCCUAAUCGGAGAAGGGGAGAUUUUUGAUGUGUAUAGAGUGGAGAUUCAAAACCAAACAUAUGCCAUUAAAUUAUUUAAACAGGAGAAAAAAAUGCAAUGCCAGAAACAUUGGAAGAGGUUUUUAUCUGAGCUUGAAGUUUUACUACUGUUUCAUCAUCCAAACAUACUAGAGUUGGCUGCAUAUUUUACAGAGACUGAGAAGUUCUGUUUGGUUUAUCCAUAUAUGAGAAAUGGAACACUUUUUGACAGAUUACAGUGUGUAGGUAACUCGGCCCCACUCUCUUGGCAUCUUCGAAUCAGUAUAUUAAUAGGAAUAUCCAAAGCCAUUCAUUUCUUGCACAACACUCAACCGUGCUCAAUCAUCUGUGGCAGUAUAUCAAGCACGAGCAUACUUUUGGAUGAUCGGUUUCAACCAAAACUAACUGAUUUUGCCAUGGCACACUUCCGACCCCACCUAGAACAUCAGAGUUCUACCAUAAAUAUGACCAGCAACGGCAGUAAACAUCUGUGGUACAUGCCAGAAGAGUAUAUCAGACAAGGGAAGCUUUCCAUUAAAACAGACGUCUACAGCUUUGGAAUUGUGAUAAUGGAAGUCAUAACAGGGUGCAGAGUGGUGUUAGAUGAUCCGAAACAUAUCCAGCUGCGAGAUCUCCUCAUGGAAUUGAUGGAGAAGAGAGGCCUCGCUUCAUGUCUCUCAUUUUUAGAUAAGAAAGUGCCUCCCUGUCCUCGGAAUUUCUCUGCAAAGCUAUUCUGUUUGGCAGGCCAAUGCGCUGCAAGGCAGGCAAAGUUAAGACCAUCGAUGGAAGAAGUCCUAAAUACUCUUGAACGUGCUCAAGCCAGCUUAUAUUUUGCCGAAGAUCCUCCCACAUCACUGAAGUCCUUCAGGUGUCCUUCUCCUUUGUUUUUGGAUAACGUACCAAGUAUCCCAGUGGAAGAUGAUGAAAACCAAAGUAAUCAUUCACUACCUUCUGAUAAAGGUUUGAGGAAAGAUAGAAUGACUCAAAAAACUCCAUUCGAAUGCAGCCAGUCUGAGGUUACAUUUCUGGGCCUGGACAGAAAGACAGGGAGCAGGAGGAACGAGGAAGCUGACAUCAUGCCCAGUGCUUCUCAUGAAGAAAGUUGGUUCCCAAAGCAUGUGGUUCCAUCACAGGACCCACAGGCCCAUAAUGCGAAUAUGGACCCUUCUACAGAAGCUCCUGGCCACUCUGACAGGAUUGGGCCUGUGGAGACUACCUGUUCCUCCGAAUUUUCUUGGAAUGAAUUUGAACAGUACAAAAAGGAAUAAAGGUCACCAGAAGAUGAAGAACAAAAGCAGGUGUUGCCAAGGCACCUGAGUGUAGGGAUCACCUUGGGAAGACACUGUCUCCAUAAGUAGUGCCAAGAGAACGAUCGGUGGUGGAUUUGGGAAAUGCAUAUAAACAAUCUGGACAGUUCUAUUCUUUUCUUCCCAGCCCCAAAACACAAUGAAGAAAAUUAUUUUAUUGGGACUGGAUACAAUGGCUGACACCUAUAAUACUAGCACUCUGGGGGAGGCUGCAAGAGCAUCGCAUGAGGUCAGGAGUUCAAGACCAGCCUGAGCAAGAG